AUGAUCCCCCAAAGUGCAAUGGCUUUCUGCGGCCCAGCCCUCCUCCUGCCAACCGGGCAACGACGCACCGCACGAGUAUGCGUCACCAUGCGGAAGGGCAAGCGGAAGCCCGGCCCAAAGAAAAGCCAACUCUCAAAAGAGAGCGAGGAACGCAUUGAGGGCUUGGCUUCCAAGUACGGAAUCCGCGCCCCGCGCCCCGGCGACGACCUCGACCGCAAAUUUAACUCGACUUCCUCGUCUGACCCUGAGAAUCAGCCCCCGCCAUCCGCUUACCAGCGACUCGCAGGAGCCUUUGGCGUUGAGGCAUUAAAUGCUGCCGAACGAGUGCUCGUCGUCGCAUUGGGAACCAUGCUCAUCGCCUUUUUAGCGUCGGGGCUUGCGAUCUCCAGCGAGGCCUUUUUCAAGGCUUCCGGAAAGGAGAUUCCUGACAACGUAGAGGCCGUACUGCUGAGUCUCGAACAGGCCUUCACCCCUACUUUACUCAUCUUCCUUGCGCUAUCGUCCGUGUUUGGCUUAUACAAACAGUCGCAGCUGUCUUCUGGUGCUUCUUCUUACUCUGCGCUCAGCAAAGAUGAGGAAACGAAUUAGGCAUGGGGCUCAUUUAUCUUAACCGUGUUCAGUACAAAUGUUAGCAUUUUUUAUCG